CACACACGGAGAAUACAGAGAGACACAGACAGACACGGAGAGAGAGAGACAGACCGGGAGAGAGAGGAGGACACAACAACAUCACUACGAAAACAAACCGGCACGUCAACACACACACACACACACACACACACACUGCGGACACUUUUACUCAACUUUUUUCCUUCACGAACGUCUUUUUUUUUUCUUUUUUCUUUUUUUUACUUAAAAUCUAGUUUUUGUUUCUAAAUCAUUGUUGACUGUUUGAGUUUUUUGGGAUGUAAGAAUCACUGAGGAGUUUGGUGUUUUUUCUGCGUCCAGGCGGAGACUUGUUUCCAUUUUGUCUCACAUUUCAAAGGCGAAGUUGUAACUUUUUUUUAUACACACACGCGCGCACACACACACACACACACACACGCAUAAAGCGGCGACAUUUUCAUGACAUUGUAACAAACUCGUUCGGCUCCGUCACCACUCGACCAUGGCGGAAGCGGCUCAGCAGCAGCCACACCUGGUGGACAUAGACCCGGAUUUCGAGCCCCUGUCGCGGCCCCGCUCCUGCACUUGGCCGCUGCCCCGGCCGGAGUUCCUCAACCCGGGCGACUCCAACACGUCGUCGCCGGUGCCCUCCGUGAAGCAGGAGCCCGCGGGCGGCUGCGGCAGCGGCAGCAACAACGGCGACUUCAUCAGCAGCUUGAGUCUGCUGGAGGAGAGCGAGGACUUCCCGGAGCAGAAGCCUGUCAUCCUGUGCGCCGAUGACUUCCAGUGUCAGGAGAACUGUGUGCACCACCAGCAGCAGCAGCAGCAACAGCAGCAGCAACAACCUCUGCAACAACAGCAGCAGCAGCAACACCAGCAGCACCAGAACCCGCAACUCCCGCAUCAGCAGCAGCAGCAGCAUCAGCAGCAGCAGCAGCAUCAGCAGCAGCAGCAGGUGCCUCUGCUCUCCUCUCCGGUCGGAUCGUCGUCCUCUGCGGCCGCAGCCGCCGCCGCCGCUGCCCAGAGGAAGAGCAGCUCCUCCCGGCGAAACGCAUGGGGGAAUAUGUCAUAUGCAGACCUCAUAACCAAAGCGAUAGAAAGUUCUCCCGAGAACCGACUCACCCUGUCACAGAUCUAUGACUGGAUGGUGAAGAGUGUGCCAUAUUUCAAGGAUAAAGGAGACAGCAACAGCUCUGCAGGAUGGAAGAACUCCAUCAGACACAACCUGUCGCUGCACAGCCGCUUCAUCCGCGUCCAGAACGAGGGCACGGGGAAGAGCUCGUGGUGGAUGCUGAACCCCGAGGGCGGGAAGAGCGGCAAGUCCCCGCGCCGCAGAGCCGCCUCCAUGGACAACAACAGCAAGUUCACCAAGAGCAGAGGACGAGCGGCGAAGAAAAAGCUGUCCCUGCAGGGCGGCCCUGACGGAGGCGCCGACAGUCCGGGCUCUUACUCCAAAUGGCCCGGCAGCCCCAAUUCCCACAGCAAUGACGACUUCGAUGCGUGGAACAGCUUCAGGCCUCGGACGAGCUCCAACGCCAGCACUCUGAGCGGCCGCCUCUCGCCCUUCAUGCCGGAGGACGACCUCGGGGAGGCAGACGUGCACAUGGGCUACCCGGGAGCUCCUGGGAGCAAAAUGACGGCCACGCUGCCCAGCCUGACGGAGAUGACUGGCUCUCUGGGACACAGUACUGAGAACGUUAUGGAGAACCUUCUGGACAACCUGAACUUGCUCUCGCCUAACAACUCUCAGGUCGGCGGCGGGGCCACGACCCCCGGCUCCUCCCAGUCCUCCCCGUCUGCCAUGAUGCAGCCGAGCCCGGGCUACCCCACCUACAGCUCCCCCAGUAUGGCCCCGCAGCCUCCGCAGGAGUAUCGCAAGUGUGCAUACGGCCAAGCGGGAAUGAACAGCCUGUCGUCCAUGCCGCUGCAGACUCUGCCAGAGAGUAAGCCCAGCUUUGUGCCCAUGGGUCAGUACAGCUGCCCCGCGGGUCUCCUGAAGGAGCUGCUGACAUCAGACUCUGACCAGCACAGCGAGCUGAUGCCGUCAGUGGACACCGUGGUGUCUCAGUCCAGCGGCGGCUGCAUGCUGCCACCGUACAGCAGCAGUCAGCAUGCGGCCAAACUCAUGGCCGGAGGGAACAGUCACCUGCACGCGCUCCCUCACUCUCAUCCGCACGGCAUGCACAGCCAGGCCAAGAACGGCCAUUUGCUCAUGUCCUUACACCACAGCGGGGGCUCAGCGCGUUUGCCUGCCACCAAGGGCCCCAUGCAGAUGCCGUACGGCCUCCCCGGGCACCUCGGCGGGGUAGGGAUGCCCGGAGGCUUCUGUCCCCUCAACACAAACGGAUACGGUCGACCGGGUCCGCCGCCGCUGUCGCACUCAGAGAAGCUGCCCAGCGACCUGGACGACAUGUCCAUCGAGAAGUUUGAGUUUGACAUGGAGACGGUCCUCCAUGACACGCUGAUGGACGGGGACUCGCUGGACUUCAACUUUGAGCCAAUGGUGACCCAGCAAAGUUUCCCUCACGGGGUAAAGACCACCACACACAGCUGGGUGUCCGGGUAGACAAACUGUGGACAGAAAAACGAAAGUUCACCUGAACUUCUGGACUGUGGUUGUUGUUGCUGUUUUGGUCAAAAACAAAAUGUGACGUUUCAAUUUCAUCUCAGAUUAAUCAUCAUGCGCACUUCAAAAGAGACUCGUCUGUAGACCGAGACCAGCUGAAGACACGACAUCCUCAGAGGCUCUGAGCUGAAGACAAUGACAUCAUCAAUCAGUUCAUUUUGAAAAUAUCAAACCUUAAAGGUCCAGUGUGUAAGAAUUAGUGACAUCUAAUGGCGAGGCGGCAGAUCGCAACAAAUGUUUCAAAACAUAUCGCAAUCAGGGAACUACGGUGGCCUUCGCGGCUCAAAAGAAUGUAAACACCUCCUUCUUUCUUGGUUUUUACGCUGACGUUAGCCGCUCUUCAUUUGCGUAGCAACCACAGACCGUUUAUAACAAGUAGUCUUCUGGUUUGCAGGGAAGUCACAAUUUACUGAGUAGCCACCAGGGGGCGAUAACCAUGGUUAAUAGCCUACUGCUAACUUGAUUCAUAACAUCAGCAAACCUUCAGCGCAUGAUUGACAGCUCGUAUUGUUCAGCACGUACCGAGUUUUUAACACAUUUUACAACUGGAAAAGACUACGCCCACUUCUUAUAUACGGUCUAUGGUCGUAAACUUUGACUUCACAUGUCCUUUCAGGCUGCCGUAGAAACAUGUCAAGAUGGCGGCCUCUGUAAAGCAAGACCCUGCCUGCAGGACUUGUAAAAGUACUCAUUCUAAACCUAAACAAUUAUUAUUUUUAAAGCAGUCACUCAUUCUUAAAUGACAUUUCCGCCUCCUAACUGUUUCACACUGGACCUUUAAGUUAAAAAUAAA